AUGUCUAAACCGUCUAUGUGGAACAAUAUUUUAAAAAGGUUGGAGGUGCCCCAUGAUAAGAGAGAGACAUUAAGUGCUUUGAGAAAUCCUGAUUUACUACCCAUCCCAAGAAAAGAUCAAACCUGGGGAUUUUGGUCAAAUUUUGCAUAUUGGGGUGUUAUGUCCUUUUCGGUCGGGACAUGGAUGAGUGCAUCCUCUGCAUUGGAUGUUGGUAUGACCUAUGCCCAAACUAUAGGUUCAUUUAUUGUUGGUGAUUUUGUUACCAUAUUGUUUACACUUGCUAACUCUUACCAAGGUUUAAACUGGAAAGUUGGAUAUACACUAUCACAGAGAUUUGUGUUUGGGAUUUAUGGGUCAGGUUUUGGUAUUUUGAUUCGUAUUCUAAUGAGUAUUGUUAAUUAUGGUGCAAAUGCUUGGUUGGGCGGGCUUUGUGUGAAUUUGAUAUUAGAUAGUUGGUCACACCACUAUUUACACUUGGAAAACACAUUGCCUGAUAAUAUUGCGAUGACUUCGAAACAGGUGAUUGGGUUUAUGAUAUUCCAUGUCAUUUGUGCUUUAACAUAUUUCAUGAAACCAUACAAGAUGAAUUAUCUAUUGAUUUGGUCGGGGAUUGUGAAUUUCUAUUAUGCUGAUAGUUUUACUUCUUUUUUAAUUUCAUUUUUCACUUAUUGGGGACUGUGCCUUAUUUUCCCCGUUAAAAUUAAGAUUAAACACGAUGACAAGGAUUAUUAUGGUGCAUUCACGGAUGAAGAAGCUAGAAAGAAGGGGAUGGUUCCAUAUAGUGAAUUAAGCGCCGAAGAAAUCCAGAAAGUAUUUGACAAGGUAAAUAACGAGACUACAGAUACUGAUGAGACUAUAAUAGAAGAAGAAGACAGUGUUAACACCAGCACUAUACCUUCUAAUGUUUCUAUAGUGCAUUAUACCAAACAAAAGAUAAUGGAUGUUUGA